UGCUCCUGUGCGUGGACCUAGGUUAAUUGCUUUCUCCUGUUUGUCUUCCCACCUAUUACCAACCAAAGCAGUGUUUCCUCAACUGUUUUAUCAGUUGGGAAACAUGGCUUCAAUUAAGGAAAGAGCAGCGGCGUUGAACCUCGCAGAGAAACUGUGUGUGCGUCCUCAAGCUCACGGUGUGGCCAGCAAACCAGUCCAGUCUUCCUCCUUGUGGAGUAGCCUCAUCUCCCACCUCAGGUCCACCGUGACAGUGAAGCGUAGACGAGUCCACCUGAAGUCCCACAGUGACUGUUUCCUGGGCUCAGAGGCUGUGGAUGUGGUAGCAGAACACAUAAAUCAUGUGAAAGGCUUUGAGGUUGCUACCGUAUCACGGGACAAAGUGGUGUUGGUGUGCCAGGCUCUGCUUGACUGCAAUGUCUUUGAGGCAGUGGGAACCAAAGUGUUUGGCAGAGACAAGAAGCAGGAUUUGUUUCAGGACAGCAAAAGUGCUCUUUAUAGGUUUGUAAAUGUGCAUACUCCUUCAGUUGAUGAGCUGGAGAGAGGUAUGCUUGUGAACGGGAUCCAAAAACUCUUCUGCAGUGCUCCUUCAGACAGGCAGGAAGAGCAGACAGUUCCCACCGGGUCACAUGUUCCAAUGUCUACCCCUGUCAAAUUCACUCAGACGUGCAUAAAAGCCAACCAAGUGGACACUCCUGUCAGUGCCAGCCUGUCACUGGAGCCCAUGGUGGACAGUCUGAGUCUGAGUCCUAGCAGAGCACAGACAGACUCUGUUUUACCACAAUCAUUGGUAGAUGAGGUGUGGCAGGAGCAGACUCUGCUGAGGCUGUUAAACCUGGUGGAGCUUCCCCUGCUGGAAGGGGUGCUUCAGUGCAUCCAAACCCCACCCUCUUCCCCUCCAUCACACCUGCUGGCUCACAGUAACCCAGACCUGAUCUAUAGCAGCAACCACCUGGACAGACAGAUCCUCAAGGCCUUCAGGGACUCUCAGGAGGAUGAGUGGCUCUGUGCAGCUCUGGACUGUCUGGACUUCCUCCCUGACCAGCCGGUGGUGGAGCUGAGCAGAGAGCUGCCUCACUGUUUCCCUCGAGAUCAGGAGAGCUGUGAGCAAGUGCCAGCUGACAGCAGCAGCACCCAAGAUGGAGGUAAUAAUUGUGAUGAGGAGUGUAAGCUGCUGUUGUAUGGGACACUGGUCAAACACUACAGCCACACAGACAGACCUCCACUGCUGCCCCAGCACAUGACUGACAUCUACACAGCCAUCACUGACCUGCUGGUGAAUGCAAAGUUGGACACGGCUCUUGAAGCUCUGCAGCUGUGUCUGAAGCUGCUGUCAUCCAGCUGCAGAGAGGAGCUGCGCAGGCUGCUUUCAUUCAUGGCUCUGGCAGCUGACCCACAAGGGAUAAAACUGGACAAGGAGAUGGAGAACAGAUUGGCAGUGAAGUGCUCUUUCUCCAGGGCAGUCCUCCACUGCAAAGCUCUCUCAAAGGAGAAAGAGGACCUGAUGGUGGUCUUCAUGCUCAGCAACAUAAAGGAAAUCUUUAAGAUACCAGGGGCUCUGCACAAAGGAGUGAGUGACAAGCUGGCCGGCUUGGUACAGGGGAAGCAGCCCGAUGUGACUGGCUCUGCGUUCUGUCAGCAGGUCCCCAGCAGGACUUGCACUGACUCUACAAAGACGACCACCAACCAGGAACUGUGGACUCUGCUGAACAGCAUCCACCUGGACACCAAGAUCUCAACCAAGGAGAGAAAGCGCCUGCUCAGACAGUUUUACCAAGCCCACCCACAGAUAUUUAACCAUUACUUUGGUGAAUCUGCUGUUAGUGUGCUGUAAAUGUGUGAGGCAAUGUCCCAUGCUGUGUUCUGUAGCCACAUACAGUUUAAACAGUAGCAAGAGAAGAGUGUGGUUUUUUGUUGUUGUUGUUGUUGUUGUUUUUUCUUCUUUUUUGCAAAUAGCUACAGAUGGACUUGACUGACCAUUGGAUAUAUUGAGGAAAAUAAGUUUCAUCUUGCAAGAUAUGUUGUAAAAUUUUUCUCCUUUCUGAAUCAUCCUAGAAAUACUGAUGACUUCAUAAAUGUGCAAGUUGUGAGUGAAAUAUUGCAAAUAAAUAAAUAAAUAUCUUAUUUGAUUUUAAA